ACAAAAAGCGAGAAAUAGAGAAAUACGCCGAGUACCGGCGAUUUGAUUUAAUUAACUAAUUAUUUCCAUCGCGUGCGGACAUUUGCGUAGGAAGAAAAUCAUCGAAUUGUCGUGUCCAGUGAAUCAUCAACAAUGGGAAAAUUAGCUAUAAUUUUCCUGGCUUUCGCCGCAACCUGCGCAGCUGACUUCAUUAGAGUACCACUGCACCGCGUAGAGUCAGCUCGCGGUCAGCUGGCGGCGGUCGGCACGGAGCUCAACAUGCUCCGCCUGCGGCGCCCCGCCGGGCCCUCGCCCGAGCCUCUGUCCAAUUAUCUUGAUGCGCAAUACUACGGCCCGAUCUCUAUUGGAACCCCGCCGCAGACUUUCCGCGUGGUAUUCGACACCGGAUCCUCCAACCUGUGGGUGCCAUCUAAGAAAUGCCACUACACCAACAUAGCUUGCCUGCUACACAACAAAUAUGAUAGCAGCAAGUCCUCCUCUUACGUGUCCAACGGCAAAGAGUUCGCCAUCCACUACGGCUCCGGCUCGCUCUCUGGGUUCCUUUCCACUGACACCGUCUCUGUUGGCGGCGUGACAGUGAAAUCUCAGACGUUCGCGGAGGCGCUUUCCGAGCCCGGCCUCGCGUUCGUCGCCGCUAAGUUCGAUGGCAUCCUUGGCAUGGCCUUCAGCACCAUAUCCGUGGACCACGUGCCGCCAGUAUUCGACAAUAUGGUGGCGCAGAAACUCGUCGCUCCAGUCUUCUCUUUUUAUCUGAACAGAGAUCCGUCAGCCAAAGUCGGCGGCGAGAUGAUCCUAGGCGGCUCCGACUCGAACCACUACCGCGGCAACAUGACCUACGUCCCUGUCGACAAGGCCGCCUACUGGCAGUUCCAUGUGGGGGGCAUCUCCAUUGCCGGACACAAGUUCUGUGAGAACGGAUGCGAAGCGAUCGCCGACACUGGCACCUCCCUCAUCGGCGGUCCCACGGCCGAAAUAGAGAUCCUGAACAAGGCGCUCGGAGCCACUCCUCUCAUAUCUGGACAGUACGUGUUUGACUGCUCGCUCAUCCCCAAGUUGCCGCGCGUCACCUUCACCAUAAACGGCGUGGAGUUCCCGCUUGACGGUCAGGAUUAUGUGCUGCGAGUAUCUCAAUUCGGCAAAACAGUCUGCCUCUCCGGCUUCAUGGGCCUCGACGUGCCGCCACCGGCCGGCCCCAUCUGGAUCCUCGGCGACGUGUUUAUCGGCCGCUACUACACUGAGUUCGACGUCGCCAACCGCCGUAUCGGGUUCGCGCCCGCUGUCUAAGCCACGGUGUGUUUUGAGGUGACAUUGGUGAACCAAAUGUGUAGGAAAUCUUUUAAAAAGAGCGUAACAUGACAUUAUUAUGACAAAUUUGUGCCAUUUUCAACCAAAAGGGUACUUAUUGUUGCUUGUCAGUAAGGCGCUAUUUCCAUAUAGCUUCAAUUAAAAAUCAACCUUAUCGACAAGCGACAAAGUGGUACCUUUUGAUUGAAAACGUCACAUUUGCUCACCAUUGUUGCCUUACAGUCACAAUAUGUAUGUAGACCACAAUUUGUAUAACAUACACGUUAGUAUACGUUCGCCUCGGUAGAUUUUUCUCGGUAACCAAAUGAGAUUUUGAGUUCCGUUCAAUUUGAGAAUAGAAACAGAACUAAAGUGGAUAUUUUUCGGCCUUUAGUGAAUCGGUUUAACAUACGAUGCAUAUUGACGUAUAAUUGUCGUAAAUAUUAUCUGUAUGUCCUUUUUGAAAUUUAACCAUAAAAUAUUGAUCAGUUGUGAUAGCAAUCGGUGAAAUUACUACCAGUGUUUAAUUAAAAGCUUAUGAAUUUAAUAUUAAACUACAAUAACUUAGUUUGAUUUAGGUAGGUAGGUCACUGAUUCAAUUUUCAAGCAAUUUUUGAGGCUUACUUUGUUAGAAUAGGUUUUAAGAUAUUGUUUUUUUUUAAUAUCUCUUAAUAUGUAACCCAUUAUUACGGACUGACUCACUCCAACCAAAUAUAACGAACCAUGACGAUACAUUCGUUUAUUUUUCAUUCAAUACAUUAGGUCAGUUUGAAGUGUUUUUACGUUAUCUACGAAAUAAAUAUUUUUGAUUAUUUUAAA